UGGAGCCUAUGUGUGCCUGCGGGAGUGGGACGGCGCCGCCGCCGCUGCUGCCGCCGGGGGGAGACGCUGCGCCGCCGCUGCCGCUGGCCCGGGCCCCGGCCCCCCGGGGCUGAGAGCCGCCCGGGACCGCCGCCCCCUCCCCGCCGCCGCGCCUCCCGCCCCUCCCCCACCCGCUUCGGGGAUCGAAUGUGAGACUAGCUGGUGUCACUUCACUGUGACUUAAAAAUCCCCUUCGGAUUGUGAGAGACAAAAGUCAUUCUUGACAAGCUGUUCCAUGUCCCGAUGUAGAAGAGAGCACAGUAGACAUCUUGAAAGGUGAGGAUCAUCUCUGAGCAAGGGGUUCUUAUACUUCUCAAACACCUGGUCUCCAAGAUGAGCACUGCCGUGUCGUGACCCUUGGGGUUUUGUGUGCCCUGGAGAUGCGAGAUUUUCCUCAGGCAGCAGGAGGCACACCCCCAGAGGAUGCUGGAGCCGCAAGAAGAAAGGACCCAUUUCCACAGCAGAGAAAAACCAAGAGGAAAAAGACGCACAGGUGGCCGGCAGUGAGGGACGCAUCCUACACACAGUGGGCUGCCGUGCCCGCCCUCCACAGCUGUCUGCGCUGCAGCCCGAGAGGCCCUCGGGGAGCCCGGCCUGUUGGUGACUGCAAGCCCUGGAUUUCAAUCAAUGCAUUCCAGUAA